AUGCUGUCAUGGAAUGUGAGGGGUUUGAAUAAUCCUCAUAAGAGAGAUGUUGUGAAGAAUCUUUUACGGGAAUGGAAGUGUGAUAUCGUAUGUGUUCAAGAAUCUAAACUUGACAGCACAAAUUCCAGCUUGGUUAAAAGUCUCUGGGGUAGUCCCUUUGUAGACUGGGGGGCUUUAGAUGCCAUACAUACAUCUGGGGGUGUUAUUCUGAUGUGGGAUAGACGGGUUUUUGAGAGAGUAGAUUCAGUGGUUGGAAGUUUUUCAAUUUCUGUUGUGUUGAAGGGUGUGUCAGAUGGCUUUGAAUGGAUUUGUUCAGGGGUGUAUGGACCGACUGAUGGAAGUCUUAGGGAUGCUAUGUGGGCAGAAUUAGACUUAGUGAGAUCACGGUGGGCUGGGGCUUGGUGCUUGUUGGGAGAUUUCAAUGUUAUCCGUUACCCGGCUGAGAGACUUGGCUGUAACUCGUUCAGUCCAGCCAUGUUUAAAUUCUCGGAUUUCAUUGCUAAACAUUCGCUGAUUGAUCUGCCUUUGGUAGGAGGUGAAUAUACUUGGUUUCGAGACUCUGAUAGUCCUUCUAUGUCCAGACUUAAUAGAGUUUUGAUGACAGCAGAUUGGGAAGAGCAUUUCUUAGAUGUGACUCAAAGAACUCUCCCCAGGGUGGUGUCAGAUCAUUGUCCUUUGCUAGUAGAGGCUGGUGGUAUGUCGAGGGGGAAGAGCCCUUUUAGAUUUGAAAAUAUGUGGUUAAAAGUGGAGGGUUUUGUGGAUAUGGUUCGUCAUUGGUGGAAUGGUUAUCAUUUCAUAGGACCUCCAAGUUAUGUUCUAGCUUGUAAAUUGAAAGCCCUUAAAAGGGAUUUGAAGCAUUGGAACAAGAAUGUUUUUGGAGAUGUAGCUUUUAGGAAAAAGAGUCUUUUGACAGAGCUCUUAGACAUUGACAUGAGAGGAGAGAUGCAGGUGUUGACUCAAGAGGAUAGGACUAGAAGGUCGGUGGUUAAAUCAGAUAUAGAUUUUCUAGCUUCCCUGGAAGAGAUUUCUUGGAGGCAGAAAUCCAAGGCUCUUUUUAUCAAGGAAGGUGAUAACAACACACGGUUCUUUCAUAGAAUUGCCAAUUCCCAUAGGCGAACAAAUCAGAUUAGGGGAGUGGAGGUGGAUGGCGUUCUCUUUGAGGAGGAGUCAGAUGUUAUGGAUCAAGUGGUGGAUUUUUACAAGAGAUUAUAUUAG